ACUUCCUGUUAGUGUCUGCUUGUUCCUGUGAGCUACUCUGCAACAGAAAUAGUAGCUUUUUGCAAAGGGGUUGGUAACAGCAUGUCCUGUUUUAAAUGCUCAAUAUUCGAAAUGAUCAGUUUGUUGGGGUGAAGCAGGUUCAAUGAAUGUACUCACAGGCACUGUGUUGUAUUGUGCUCCCGGCUCACCUUUACCUCAGUCCACGUUAGCCCCUCGCUCAGUUAGCUGACUGCCAACGUGAAGGAUCGACAGUCGUCAAGGCAACAAUGAACAUCCUUCCGAAGAAGAGCUGGCACGUUCGCAACAAGGACAACGUCGCGCGCGUGCGGAGGGACGAGGCCCAAGCAGCAGAGGAGGAGCGCGAGGCCAAGCGUCGCGUGGAGCGUGCCGAACAAGAGGCACGCACAGAGUUUCUGAGAAGAAAAUCCCGAGCUGCUCUCCAGUCAGAAGGGGGUCAGAAUGAUGAUGAUGAUGAUGAUGCUGAAGGACGGAGUAGUGGAAGCAAAGUUCUGGAGCAUCUCAAUCUUUUUCCCCUAGAGGAGUCCUCAGAAAAGAAGGGGAAUGAAGAAUAUCUCAAAGAAAAGAAAGAUGAAAAGGAGAAACAGGAGCGAGCAAUUGGCUUGCUGGUGUCUCUGGGACCCCAACCAGGGACUGAGGUCACACCUUGGUACAUGAAAACCGGCGAAGAAAAAGAAGAGAAGAAAGAUAAAGAGGAAAGGAAAGAAAAAAGAAAGGAAAUUAGUGAAGAGGAGAGAGAGAAAAAAGAUCGGAGACUGAAAGAUUUAUUAGACCCGUUACAUGAUAUGAAGAAAGCAAUAGCUGUAAAGGAAAGAAAACACCACAAGAGCAAGAAAUCUGAUAAAAGAGACAGAGGGGAAAGGAGGAGCAGUGGAGAGAGCUCCAUAGAAAGGCUACGUGCUGAGCGUCUACAGAGGGAGGCAGAGGAAAGAAGGAGGGCCAAGGCUCUUCUUGACCAGAGGAACAGCAAAGGAAAGGAGCCAGCAAGGGAGCUCACAGAGAGAGAACAACCGUACAACAGUGCAUACUUCCCAGAACUGGCCCGAAAACGUCAAAGAAGGGAUCGAGACAGCUGGAGAGAUGAAAUACUAAAAUCAUGAACUAUCUUUAUUGGUCUUUUGAUGCGUGUGAUCUGUCAGUGGACAUUUAUACUGUCCAGAGUGUUUUUUCAAAUGCAGGAAGUAGAGAUAAGGCAAGAGUGAUGAAGGUAACUUUGGAGACAAAUGUGCAUGCAGAGCUAAAAAGUGACAUACUUGUAAUCUGGUCAAUUAUCAUUUAUUUAUUUUUUACCCAUAAAGGGCAAUACUUAUAGGAAAGUCAGAGGUCAGGUUCUGUUUCAUUUUUCUGCAGCCGGUGCAGCGUUUGUACAUUAUCACGUCAGCCGGGCAGGUGGUUGCUUCACAGGGGGCUUGAAGCUCAGGCUGUUCGUGAAGAAAACGCUCAGUAACAGCUGUUAAAACUGUUUUUAUCGUGGCAAAAUAUUCGAGAGAUUGUAAGGUGACCAAUAUCCACAGUCUUCUAUUAAACCACUUACAAUUAAGGCAUUAGACUUUUUAGAUAAAGUAUUUGACGAAGAGAAUUAACUAAUUUGCGAAUUUUCAGGCAACAUUGCCAACUAGUCAUGUUCCAAGCUUCCCAAUGUAUAGAUUAUAACCAUAAGGAUUUUUUAAGUCAGUGUAAGACUGUUCUUGGUAUUAAAGCCAACAAAUCAACAAUGUCACGCUAGGCUUUAUUGUGAACUUUGUUACAUCGCUUUGACAAAAAGUUUUGUUUAUCUGAUUGACAGAAUGGAAAGCAUAUUUGUUGAUGUCAAAAAAAGGACUUAGUUGGAGCCCAAUAUGAGUUUAAAGAGUUCAUAUGUCUUCUUUGAAGUUGAUGGUUAAAAUAAAAAAAGAUAGCUCAAGGUUCAAA